AUGGUUUCGGCUACCCACGGAUGGCGGCGGCCUUGCAGUGACGUCUGGGAGGCAAAACACCACUACAGCGGCGGUUCAAGCACUGUCCCGCACCGCGGAGACAAUGCGCAGGGGGUGCAGGUGGAGUGCGGAGAGACGGCCGCGGGCUGGGAUCACCGCGCUAGUGUGCCCUACAGUGGGCAAAUACAGGCUUGUGCUCCUCCAAUCACUGUGCACUAG